AUGCCUCUAGAGCCCCCUACGGAGAUGGAACCAUUUCUACUCCAGCAGGAAGGCCCAGCUGAGACUUUGCAGACCACUGAAGAGGUUAAACCUCCAGUCCCAGAGGAGGUCCCAUCUAAGCCUUCAGAACCUCCUCAUAAAGUAGAACCUUCUCCAGUGCAACAGGAAACCCCAUUUCAGACUCCAGAAGUACUUGAGGAGAGUGAGCCAUCGCUAACUGAGCAGGAGGCCCAGACUCAGUCUCUACAGCCACCUGAGGUAGUUCCAACUCCAAGUUCAGUGCAUCAUGAGAUGACUCUUCAACCUCCAGGGCAGAAUCAAAUUCAUCAUUCAACCUUGCCCAGUGUCACAAUUAAACCAGUGGAUGUGGAGCUUGCCCUAACUCAAGAGCCUACUGAGAAAGUUCCAUUAUGUCCAACUUAG